UGCUCCUUUAAACUAAAUAAUUAUCUUAUUUUAUUCUUAGUGUUUUAAUGGAGAAAGAUAUUUCAUAGUAUGUGUAUUAUCCGUUAUAUUGUCCUGUACAAAGUAAUCGGAAUCUAAAUUUAUAUGUUAUAUGCUACAAGAUUUUUUCUACUAUUUGAUACAUUUUGACUUUUCAAAACAGAAGUUGAAUCGAUGGAAUAAUGAUAUCGUCAUUUCAAUAACUUCGUGGCAAUACGAAGACGAAUCCAUGACAGAUCUACAUAGUAUACGAAGGGCGCCAUGGCAAGGUCUUGAACAUGAUUAUAUUGGUAUGUGAUACCUGAUUCACAAGUAAGAUAUUGUUAUAAAAGAUACGCUUUUGUUGAGAAGAAAGUAUAAUUAUAUUUCCUUUUUUGAAGAUAUCGAGUUUCAUGAAGCUGUAUAUCCAAUCAGAGUUUCUAUGUACGAAAUGUACAAACGGAAACGUAAUUCGAAUUUCGGCUCAAGACGAUUCUAAUAAUGAGUGGUUUAAGUUGUGGGAAACUGAUUAUAAGUCUAAGAUUGUAUACCCCCAAUAUUAUUUUCCCCACCCUUAUAUUACCCGCGUAACUUUAAAACGAAAAUGCUAAGACUAUUUUUUAAUUACAGUUCCCGUAAAAUACCUCUUUGCACAAAGCUAGAUGCGGUGAUGUUUAUAGGUUGUACAUCAGAGUUGGUUCGUCCUAGAAAUUAUUAUCCUUUAACUAAUCUGUUAAAAGAAAUUAACCGCAUGUACUUUUCACACCAUGAUAUUCAUAAUUUAACAGCAGAUUUCAAAAAUGCACACUUGGAUGUAGAUUAUCUGCAAGGACAUUUUUUUGAAUAUUGUAUUGUAAUGGAAUAUUGUAGGGAUGGAAGUUACAUAAGAAGGGUUUCUAAGGAGAGUAUUUCGAGAGAGAAUUUGAUGCAUAAAAAUGAAUCUCUGUAGGUAAUCCGUCAUUCGAAAUAUGCAAACCGUAUAAAACUCUCUUCGGAUGAAUCCAAGGAGAUAUCACGUCGCAAUAUAUCUGAGCUUCCCGUAAAGUA